AUGUACCGACAGGUAUUAAUUGAUCCAAAUCAAACAGCAUUACAGCGCAUCGUAUGGCGAAGUGACAGUUCCCAAUCACUAAAGACAUUCGAGUUGACAACAGUGACUUAUGGUACUUCUUCUGCAUCUUUCUUGGCCAUCCGAGCUCUAAGGAAGCUCGCAGAGGAGCAUGCGGCACAAUACCUACUGGCUUCGAGGAUCGCAUUGCGUGAUUUCUAUGUCGACGAUCUCGUGUCAGGUGCGGACACGUUGGAGGAGGCAACACAACUAAAAAACGAGUUAACCCAACUUUUGCAAGAGGGAAGGUUCGAAUUAAGAAAAUGGUCAUUAAAUGAACUAUCUCUUGGAGACAAUUAUUUCAAUAAUGACUAUCGAGAAUUUAAUUUAGCAACAGAUAAAGGUGCGGACACAAAGUCGCUGGGCCUUAUUUGGAAUUGUUCAUCAGAUUCGUUUAAAUUGGAUAACAUUGGUCAACUUCCACCACUGAAAAAACUCACCAAAAGGAGUAUCUUGUCACGCAUCGCAUUGAUCUUCGAUCCUCUGGGAUUAAUAGGUCCAGUAACAGUAUGUGCAAAAAUUGUAAUGCAAGAUCUAUGGAGACUCAACACCGACUGGGAUGAAUCAGUACCGUUAACUUGCUAUACAAAAUGGAAGCGGUACGAACGAGAAUUACCAAUCUUAAGGAAUAUCAACGUCCCACGACUAGCCGUAUCAAGUGAGCCACACACACGUUUGGAAAUCCAUGGAUUCGCGGACGCGAGCGAACAGGCCUUUGGAGCGUGCAUUUAUUUGCGAUCUACCUUGGCGAGCGGAGAGCAUAUUACGAAUUUACUUUGUUCCAAAUCCAGGGUAGCCCCAUUAAAGAGUAUAUCGUUACCACGAUUGGAGCUAUGCGCAGCAUUGAUAUUGGCACAAUUAUUAAGCAAAAUCACUGAAUCUCUUCCCUGUAAAAUAGACGCCAUUUGGUUACGGACGGACUCCACCAUUGUCCUGUUCUGGAUUCAGUCCUGCAGCAGAUCAUGGACUCCGUUUGUCGCCAAUCGGGUGGGGGAAAUACAGCAAUUAACGCCGACUCAAUAUUGGCAUCACAUAAGCAGCCAGGACAACCCCGCUGAUCCCCUCUCUAGAGGCGUUAUGCCUAAUGAUAUAAUAGACUUGCAAAUUUGGUGGGCGGGACCCCCGUGGCUGAUUCAGGACGUGGAUAAGUAG